AUGGGCACACCACUCGAAGCCCUACCAACCGUCUCCGUACCCGCAAUCGAACAACUCCUCCCGACAAUCAACCUCCCCCCAGCAAAGACCAUCACCAUCCUAAACACAAAAGCCGAAUACCACGUCAUCGCCCUCCUCACAUGGAACGACCAAGAAGACCUCAUCCUCCGAAUCGCAGGCCCCCACGUCCCCAGAACCAAAACAGAGAACGAAGUCGCUGUUAUAACCUGGCUACAGCGAAACACCAAAAUCCCCGUCCCGGCCGUCGUUCAUCACGAUUCUAGCACCGACAAUCCGUUGGGAUGUGAAUACGUCCUUCAGAAGCGUUUGAAGGGACAAAGUCUCGAUCUCGUCUGGCCCUCUCUGACCGAAGAUGAGAAAUUGAAAAUCUACGAUUUCAUGGUCGAAGUUUUACGAGAACUCACGUCUCACGAAUGGAAGCACAUCGCGAGUCUACGACUCACUGCCGAGGGUGAAAUCGUGCCAGGUCCCGUCCUCGACGAACGCUUCUGGGAAGCGCGGGAUAUCGAGAAGUACUUCCCACCCGGCGAAACCGUCGAAUCGCUCAACCCCCUAGGCCCGUAUUCCUCGUACGUGGAGUUUUCUAUCGCGAGACUGGAGAAGUCCAUGCACGCCAUUCGCAAACAUGAAUCUUUGGCGUUUAUGAGACCACACCUCCCGCUCCUAGAGGACUUCAUCGAAGCGUUGAGAGAAGACAGCAAGAAACUCAACCGCACGAACCUCUGCCUGGCGCAUCGGGAUUUGCAUAUGGGGAAUAUCAUGUACGAUGUCGAAGGACAUACAGUCACGGGAAUCUUGGAUUGGGAGUUUAGUGUAGUGAUGCCGGUGCAGCAGGGGGAGUUGUCGAGGGCGUUUAUGCAUGAUCUUGUGGAUGAUGGGGGGUGGGGGGAGAGGAAGGGGAAGAUGUUGGAGGUUUUGAGGGAGAGGAGUCAGGAAGAGGGGGGAGGGGAUGUGGUGGAGAGGUUUGGGUAUGUGUCUGAGGAUCAGGAGGAGAUGCAGGAGGUGGUGGAUUUGGUGAGGGCGAUUGUGGAGGUUAGUCCGAGGGGGCAGAGGGAGGGGGAGAGGAUGGGGUGGAGGGAUGAGGUGCUGGAGAUUUUGGAAGGGUGGAUGGAUUGA